CGGAUGAGGUAAGCGAGGCCGAGGACGCCCGCCCGCACACGGCUCCGUCAGCGGCGUCGGGUCCCCCCUCGGCGGCUUUCCGUCAGCCCCCGCGGGGCCGGAUAAAAGGCGGCGCGGCGAGCGAGGAGCAGAGCGUGGCGCUGCCCCGCCCGGCCGGUCCCAUGCAGCCCGCCAUGAUGAUGUUCUCCAGCAAGUACUGGGCGCGGAGGGGCUUCUCGCUGGACUCGGCCCUGCCGGAGGAGCGCCCCGGCGGCCUCACCAUAAACAGAUCAAGCUCUGGGAAAAAUGAGGAGAAAAAAGGCAGCAAGGGAAAUGGGAAAGGCGAGUCAGUUUCUGAAGGUGGAAAGACAGCUGUAGUGUUUUCCUUGAAGAAUGAAGUUGGCGGAUUGGUGAAAGCUCUCCGGCUCUUUCAGGAGAAACAUGUGAGUAUGGUUCAUAUUGAAUCACGAAAAUCAAAGAGAAGGAACUCAGAGGUAGAAAUUUUUGUGGAUUGUGACUGCAGUAAGAAGGAAUUUAAUGAGCUAAUCCAGUUGCUCAAGUUUCAAACUAACAUUGUGUCUCUGAAUCCACCAGAAAACAUCUGGACUGAUGAGGAAGAUCUUGAUUGUGUCCCUUGGUUUCCUCGGAAGAUAUCUGAAUUAGACAAAUGUUCACAAAGAGUAUUGAUGUAUGGAUCUGAGCUGGAUGCAGAUCACCCUGGAUUUAAAGACAAUGUCUAUCGACAGAGAAGAAAAUACUUUGUGGAUGUUGCCAUGAGCUAUAAAUAUGGUCAACCCAUUCCCAGAGUGGAGUACACAGCUGAAGAAAUUAAAACAUGGGGGGUGGUGUUCAGGGAACUCAGCAAACUCUAUCCCACCCAUGCUUGUCGUGAAUAUUUAAAGAAUUUUCCUCUGCUGACUAAGUAUUGUGGAUAUAGAGAGGAUAAUGUGCCUCAGCUGGAAGAUGUCUCUGUUUUUCUUAAAGAAAGGUCUGGCUUCACAGUGAGACCGGUUGCUGGAUAUCUCUCUCCUCGAGACUUUUUAGCUGGCUUAGCAUACAGAGUUUUUCACUGUACUCAGUAUGUACGACAUGGCUCGGAUCCUCUCUACACCCCAGAACCGGAUACAUGCCAUGAACUUCUGGGACAUGUGCCUCUACUUGCUGAUCCUAAGUUUGCCCAGUUUUCACAAGAGAUAGGACUCGCUUCAUUGGGAGCAUCUGAUGAAGAUGUUCAGAAAUUAGCCACCUGCUAUUUUUUUACGAUUGAAUUUGGUCUUUGCAAGCAAGAAGGACAGCUGCGUGCUUAUGGGGCAGGACUUCUGUCUUCUAUUGGAGAACUAAAGCACGCUCUUUCUGACAAGGCCAAGGUGAAAACAUUCGAUCCGAAGACAACCUGUUUGCAAGAAUGCCUGAUCACCACUUUUCAGGAAGCUUACUUUGUUUCAGAAAGUUUUGAAGAAGCCAAAGAAAAGAUGAGGGACUUUGCUAAAUCGAUCAAUCGUCCCUUCUCUGUGUACUUCAAUCCAUAUACACAAAGCAUUGAGAUUCUGAAGGAUACCAGGAGUAUAGAAAAUGUCGUCCAGGACCUCCGCAGUGAUCUAAACACUGUAUGUGAUGCAUUAAGCAAAAUGAACAGAUAUUUAGGGAUUUGAUAUAUGUCCCACUGUGAUUUGUUGUCAGCUGCUUAUUCUGUAGCUGUUCUAGUGACAUCACACGACAUGGCUAACUUUUAAAACUCAUCAGUUUGCUCUUCUGAGCUUGGCCUGUGGCUUGUGUCAUUGUGUAGCUUUGUCUAAUUGUUAAGUGCAGACAAAACAAGGCAAUGCUAAUUCGUAAAUUCUCUAUGGAGUGUGGCAGCAUAUAACCAGCAAUUCCUCAACACAAUGUUGUGUACAAGUAUACCAGUAAAAGCUUGCCUAGCAAUGAGUUUGUUUCUUUAAGAUUGGUGUUAAAAUGGUGUUCCUGAUUUCUUUAAGUCUGACAUUAUUUCCCUUUCCAACUGUCAGAAUACAGAAAAAAAGUAUUUGCAACAUUUUCCAUUUUCCUUGUAAGAGAAUCUGUAUUUGGUGGUGAUGACAGUGUUUUGCCCAUAUAUUUGUAACAGAACUGAGUGUCUCUUGUGACUGAACAAUACACUUUACAUGUAUACCAAUGCAGAGAUCAGGAAGACUACGUAUCGGUACUAAAAGGUCUGUGAGGAUUAUGAAGAAACACUACUGACAAAUGUUUGAUGUGGCUAAGUAAUUGCAAAACAACAGGAGUAAUAAUAAUAAAACCUCUGACAAUUCAUGCAUAGAGGUAGUGAUAGUUCCAUACAUGUAUUGUCUGUGACAAUCCUGAUCAUACUUCCACUGCAGGAAGUAUGUUGUUUAUCUGGAAACAAGAGGGGAAGCACCUUUGUUAAUUCCAGGUUGUUAGAUGUGAAUAUAAAGCCAUUCUACAUCACUCUGUGCCUUCUGCAUUCCCUCAUUCUUUGAACAUAGUCCCUUGCAUUUCAUGCAUAAUUUGCCUUUCCUUCUUCUGCCACAUUCAACCUUGACAUGGUGUGCAUGAGUGAGUCUACAUUGUAUCAGUAUCAGUAGAUAUGAAAAGGUGAAUAUGGAAGUUGUUAUUUAAUUAUAGCCAGGACAAUUAUCAGUUAGUAGAUUACUUGUGGGGUGCUUAAAUCAUACCGACACCUAAGCUGCCUAGCUUGUACCAGAUGGAUGCAGGUAAUGCCUGACUUAAUGAACUCUGUGUUAGCAAGUUCUGACAGAAGUACAAGCUCUGUCUGGGGAGCAGUGUGGAAAUAUUUGAGCCGACUCUUAUCUGGAAGCAAUAAUUAUGCAUGUCUUUCCUUUAUCUGAGUUAUUCUGUUCUCCUAUUAGCCAGAAUAAUGGAGAGUUGACCAUAUUGUAUGGACCUCUAGUAAUGGAAACUGCGUGGAUCUUAUGCAGAUCAUGUCAGUACAGGUGAAAGUUCAUGGCUUGUCUACUUACGUGGAAAAUAGAUAUCUAUUGAACCUGCUCUCUCAGCUGAGAGACUCAUGCAGAUACUCUUUAAGUGUCGCUAGCAAUUUCAGCAUGAAGAGAGCACCACUUGAUAGUAUCAGCACAUCCUUAAAUAAGAGGCAAUCUAUAAUUUUCAUAGGGAAAUAUGCCACCUCCUCAAAGAUAACUACAAGAUAACAGAAAGUGCUCUAUUCUCUGGAUGGUCCCUGCUGCAUUCUAAUGCUGCUGUUAAUAGGGUGUGGAAAAAUCCAGUUUUAGAUCUAACCGUGACUGCCACUGGUAUAAAUGAAGAGCUGUUGAAUUAUCCCACGGGGUCAGCAUGCUGGAGGAGUUUUUUAACUUCCUGACAUUAGUGCUGACUCCAUUAACUAGCACUUAUCGUAGAGGAGUCACCAGCACGCUUGGCAUAGAAGUUUCUUCUUCUUUCUUUGGAUGGAAUCUGAUGAACCCCUUGCAGCCCUUUUUGGAGAAAAUGGACUGAACUGAUAUUUACUUUAAAUGAUCUGGAAAAUCAUUGCACAAGGAAUAGUAGUUCUUAGUUCAAGACCUGACAAAGUAUUGUUGCUUGCUUAAGUGAAAUAAAGGCACAAUGAGUGAAGAGAUAAAGAGUUUGCAAAAUUAUUUUUUCCUUUGAAUCAAAAUUAUACAGGAAAGUGUUAAAUACUUACAGUAUCUGGAUUUAUUCUUGACUUUUCUGAACUGCCUAAAAUAAGGAUUGCACAGAAGUAAAACAACAGAAGCAUAUCUUUGUUUUGUUUUGUACUGUUAACAAGUAAAUCUUAUUAUGGAUUAGGGAGAAACCCUUGAAAUCCAAUAGUCAUUUUAGGACUAAUGAUGGCACGGAAACUGUCUGCAAUGAAGAUAUAAUGUCAAUGAAACAGAACAUUGUCAAAGGAUAAUGGGCUCCUGCUGCUAGAUAUAUGCUUAAUCCAAUGAUUUUAUUUCUAUUAUACAACGUGAUUAAAAAUAAAUUAAAUAUAAUGAGCUAAGGAAUAAUAGUGAUUUAGAGAGACAAUUGCUCGUUGUUCUUACAUGGGAAAGCUGUGUUCUUACAGGCUACAGGGCAAACUUUCUUUGGGCUUCAGCCAGUCAGCAGUCGUGAAUUGGAAAGAAGGCUUUAAAAAGUGCACUAUUGCACUUUUAUGAAUCAAAUAGUUCCAGCUUAGCUGACAUCCUUCUCUGCAGUUUUUAUUAGCAAAUUAAGAUCAGCCAUGCAGCAAUCUCCUUGGAUGACAAGCUCAUU